AAUAGAUAUACACUUUAUCUAUGAAGAAUAAAUCACAUUGUCACAUUGUCAUUUCAUGAGAAGAGGUAACAAAUAUUUUAUUCCAACUUUAUGGGCAACAGUGAAUACACAAACAUACAUUCAUGUCCCCACACAUUCAUAUAUGCAUAGGCCUACUUCUACUUUCACACAUAUGCAUGCAUGCAUGCUUCCAUCUAUGCAUUACUGAAGAAGACUGAGUGAAAAUUCUAUAAAUGUAUUUGCAGUAAGAGAUCAGACCAAGCUUAUUUUAACUGUUGUUUGUUUUUCAACCAUAGAGAAUGGAUCCUAAAUUUAGGAAGAGGGGAGACGGUCUUGCCAGCCUCUGUGAUACAGAUGAUGCCAAGAAAAUUAAGGGAGAGAAAAGGCCAUGGGCCCGAGCUUUGUCCCCAGAUCGCGUGAAAGAGGCAGCAAGGGUGGCUGUUCUGAGUCGUGGUGGAGACACCAACAAUGAGAAGCAUCUCCUGGGCCAAUAUCAGCUGCAGUUUGGAAUUUUCCGGGGUCAAACGUUUCAGUGGUUGGCUGAGAAUGCGCUGGGCUAUGCUGGAUAUGUGGUGGCAUCAAUGUCGGAGGAAUCAGGAAGCUCUGAUUCUCAUAACCACCUCGUCAAUAAAAGAGCCUUGCUGAAGUAUAUUUCGCUGUAUCCGGAGGGACGUUAUGCCAUUCAGUUUAAGAUGGAGGCGAGAUCCACAAGUCAGCGUAAACCAGCCACCUCCACACAGCCCUCCACCUCAUCACAGCCCUCCACCUCAUCACAUCCAUCCACCUCAUCACAACCAUCCACCUCACCACGACCAUCCACCUCAUCACAUCCAUCCACCUCAUCACGACCAUCCACCUCACCGCGACCAUCCUCAGUGCCUGUAUCCUCCCUGCGGUCAUUGUUGACAGGGAAAGGCGUGUCCCAGCAGAGCAUCCACAAGUCUGUCAAGAGGCUGUUUAUGCCACCAAAGUUUCAUCCAUCUGCUCCUACUGUGUCCCCUGCUGGAUCCACCAUGAAAACAGAGCCCACAGACACGGUGCCAGCAGAUUUAGCUCCCAGUGAGCAUGAGCCCACUGACAGCGAACUUCUGCUGUCAGUUCAAGAGAUGGAGUCACAAAUGCCACAGAACAGAAUUUGCCUGCCCGCUGGUUGGAUCCCUGCCCUGCCAGAAGUUGACCAGCGCUGGAUUUCUAAGGCCCUGUUCCGGUGGUCACGGUUUAACCAACCUGAGCUGGACCUUGAAAAGGUGGACAGAAUGUGGUGGUAUCCACCUCGGCCAUCACUAAACUCCAGUGACUGUGGCAAGUCAGAGCUUACCUCUGCUGGACUACAUCAGAGAGUCAGGCAGGUGUUUGGAGUCAGCAGCUCUUACUUCUUGGCAUCUGAAUAUCUUGCCUGUAAAAGCUGCAAACGAAAGGUGAUCGGUUGGAGCCAUGCCAUCGUCUCCCAGCUAGACAUAGGCCACCGCAUCCAGUUCCCAUGUCUCCUGACUUUCAAGCUGGGAUGCGACAUGCAGGUCGUGCGCCUCAUGCGUCAGCGGGGCUUGGGCAACAGCAGCAGCCAGCUUCAGAAGCAGCUGGAAGAGCAGCAUGCGGAGAGCUGGCUUGGGAGACAAAUUCAGUUUCUCACUGAGUACAGAGGAGUUGCACGUGCCAUCUCCUCUGGCCUGAUUACUCCUGUCCCGCUGGGGGACUUGCCAGCUAUGCCUGCAGUGGCUAAACAUCGCUGGCUGAUGCAGGUUUAUGCCCAGGAUGUCCUCAGCAGGCUGGAUGAAGUGAAGGCCUCCAUCACCUCACUCUUUGGCCAGGUACUGAAGAUGGACUCGACCAAAAAGAUUGUGAGGAAGCUGGCAGGUGAGGCCCGGUCCACAGCUGCUCGGGCCACCAACAUCGGAAAUGAACAUGGGCAUGUGAUCAUGUCCGUUCUCACAGCGAGUGAGGGCUGGGGCCUAAUGAAGAUGGCAGAGGGUCUUGUGAGGCGCUACAAGGACGCAGAGGUGCCACCUCCCGAGAUCCUAUAUGUGGACCGUGACUGCUGUGGGAACUCGCACCUUAAAAAAAUCUUUGGAGCAUGGCCGGGCAUGAGGAUUCAGUUGGAUAUCUGGCACUUUAUGAGGAGGUUUGCGACCGGGUGCACAACUGAUUCUCAUUCUCUAUACACCAGCUUCAUGGCCCAGCUAACCCGGUGCAUUUUCGUGUGGGAUGAGAGUGACCUGCAGCGACUCAAGGCAGCCAAGCGAGCAGAGCUGGAGGCAAGUCUCAUGCGUCCCACAGAGGGAGAUGUGAUACGCCAUAUAAGCAAGGCAGAGAUGCAGCUUCAUUGUCGGAGGACCGUCCGGGAAAGCAGGGAGAUGGAAGCCAUGCUGAAGGAGUUGAUUGAGGCAUAUGAUGGAGAGAGAGGCUGCAACACGCUCGGUGUGCCUCUGAUCAACUCUGCAAGGAUGGCAGAAAUCUGGAAGGCCCAGUGCAAACAUAUCCCCUGCCUCCAGGACCCUCCAGGUUUCCAGCUGUACACACAGACUGGGACAAUGAAGAAGGGUGGUCAUGUGCUGCAAACUUUCCGGUGUGCCAGAGGUUCGACCUCACUGGAGAAUUUCCAUCUGCACAUGAACAGAUUCAUCCCAGGAACCCUCGCAAGUGACACCUUUUUCCAGGCAUAUCUGGUUGAUGGUCUUGCCAGGUGGAAUGAGGAUAGGACCAUGACAGCAGAGGGGACAGCAGGGCCACACUCAUACAGUGGCCUACUUAGGCAUGCAGCCAACCAGCUGUCAGAGGAGGUGCUUGGGAAAAAACUGGUGGAGUACAAAGCCCCCCGGAAAUACACAGGAGAGCUUAUAGGUAUUGAAUACCUAUACAGCCAAAACAAUGUUGCCAUGGAGGACUAUAAGUUGGCCCUGGCAACCCUUGAAACUGAGGACAUCACUGUGGCCGAGGGAGACUCUCUUUUGGAGCAAUUUGAUGUGGAGGAUCCAACUGUUACCACCCUGGACACAAUUUGGCCUCCACAACAGCCCACUCCAUCAGCUCCUGCAUCAAAUGCACCUCCAGCUGCAGCUGGAGCAGUUAGCGACAGUGCCACAACAGCUGCACCUACUGCAACUGGGGCUGCACUGCCUAGCGCACCACUCAGCGAACCUUCUGCUUCCGUCACUGUUGCCACUAUGCAGAGUGCAGCUGUACCUGUGUGCCCCCCAGUUUGUGAGGACAGUGGGAGACCUGCUGGAUCUAAUCCCAGCCUUGGUCCCCAGCUCCAAACCGACACUCCUCAAACCUCUCAGGAUGCGGCAAUGCUCUGCACUCAUCAAGCUCCCCAGCAAGAUGCUCCCAGUGUGGCAGAGGAACAGCCUUCCACAUCAUCAUGCUCCACCAGUCAUGAUGACUCUGUUGGACCAGACAACAUUGAGGGCUUCCAAGCUGUCCAGGACUUGACGGGACACUUGUUCAAAUUAAAAGACCACAGUCUUGCCCUGUCAAGAGAGGAGGCUGCACAUAUUAUUGCCCUAUGGGAGUGUUUGUCAGAGUAUGACAAAAAAAAAACAGUCUACCCUCCACGCUAUCAAGACACAAUCCCCAAAGGGAGAUUCAGGGCCACAAAAAAAAAUGUUGCACCUGGUGUGGAGAGUACAAAGCGAUGCUUUGCAGGAGGGAAAAGCCCAGCGCAGUGGCCUGACUGCAAUCGUGUGUGUGAGGCACUUUUUGUUCAGCUCUGCGAGGAGUAUCGUGGACCCAGGCGCAUCGAUGGAGUCAGGAAAGAGCGUUGGAGCCUUGUCACCAAGGCAUAUCUUCACAUCCGCCAAGUCAUUCUAAAUAAUGCCAUGGUGAUGGAGAAGACCACCAUCCAGCUCCCGGUGAUGAAUACUGCAACCAUCGCUAGUUGGUACUGUAAACUUCAAAAAAAACAGGAGAAGAGCAUGCUGGAGCAAGGCCUCUCUACUCCAAAGAACACUAAUGUGAGCCCAGAGAGCUUGCCUCUUGCAGUUCUGAGUAAAGACAGACCCUGUGUCCCGACCAGCAGUGUGGCAAAUCCCCACAUCUUUGUCCUGCCUCCUAACACGGCAGGGACGGCGCAGCUGAAACAGCGACGGAACCUGCCAGUGGCUCCAGCUGCAAUUCUGCCACCAUUCCUUGCAGCUCUCGAUCAACCUCUUCAUCCUCCCCAGCCUGUACCACAACCUCUCCUGCUUGCACCGCAGCCUCUCCUGCUUGCACCGCAACCUCUCCUGCCUGCUCCGCAACCUCUCCUGCCUGCACCGCAACCUCUUCUGCUUGCACCACAACCUCUCCUGCCUGCACCACAACCUCUGCUCCCUGUGGUUAUUACCAAACCGGCAGCUGAUGUGCCAUACACCACACAGCAGUACCAUAAAAAGAAGAUGCAGCAAGAGGAGAGUGGUGUUAAAAAGCGGAAGUACACUAAAAAGAGUGACGCCAUCAUUUGCAAGCAGUGCAAGAGAGAGCGGGAACCUGCCACCCACCAGCAGUACUUCGGAAAUUGGUACUGCCAAGCCACAGCCACUACAACUCUGGCUGAGUGGAAGGCCUCAUUUGAAGCCCGGGGUUAUGGCAAAAAGAAAGAUGCGCCACCACAAUAA